GCAUGGCGUGACGUCAGGAGGCUGUGAAUAAGGCUGGCUCGUGUGCUUUCAGGAACAUGCAGAACACCGGAGGCUGUUCGUGGAGCGUCAUCAGUCCUGCAACGAGAUGUCACACAAAUUCUGUUCACACUAGAAUAUUUUGCCUCUCUUAUCUUACCAAGGAAACACCACGCUGUACGGAGGGAGACGCACUUUUCAAGCGUUUGGUGGUCUUUCAUCUUUCAGAGGAACCUAAACAGUGGAUACAUGGACAUGGUAAAGUGCACUCUAAUGUCUCUGGACUCGCAUGUCUCGUGCUAGUUCUGUCCAAGACCGGUUACAUUAGAUGUUUGCUUUUGAAAGACUUUCAUGCACAUCAUCAUCACCAAUGCUUCACCAUGUUGACAACGGCUACGUGCUUCUGCGCAGUGAUGUCCUCUUUGUAGCCAAGGAACAGUUGGUGUUUUGAAAAGAAAAAAAAUAAUCACUAUGCUGGCUUCAUCAUCUUAACCUUUGUUUGAGCAGAAGAGGAUGAGAAAUAGUGACUGACAACUGACGCACUACUACCUCAUGAGAAGAUCCUCUUUGUUCAUCUUGAUUUUGGACCGCUACAGGUUUCUACGCUGAUCGUUCACAUACACAAAAGUGGUGAAUAUAUUUCAAACAUCUAACUUCUUGAUAUUUUCCUGUCGUACCUUUUGGCAAAGACUCUUAAAGGACUUGAAGCACCCUUCAGUAUAACGACCAUUUCCCCUCUCUCUUUUCUGAAAGAGGGAAAACUGAAACAGACUAUAAGUCUCAGGUUGUGGACACCACGGCAGUAAUUGUGGGAGCACAUCCAAAGACGAUGGUCCACUGUGCGGGCUGCGAGAGGCCUAUAUUGGACAGGUUUCUCCUUAAUGUUCUGGACAGAGCAUGGCACAUCAAGUGCGUACAGUGUUGCGAGUGCAAAUGUAACCUAACAGAAAAAUGCUUCUCUCGAGAAGGAAAACUAUAUUGCAAAAACGACUUCUUUAGGCGCUUUGGAACAAAAUGCGCGGGUUGUGCUCAGGGGAUCUCGCCGAAUGACUUGGUCCGGAGGGCACGAAGCAAAGUGUUUCAUCUGAACUGCUUUACAUGCAUGAUGUGUAACAAGCAACUAUCGACAGGGGAGGAAUUGUACAUCAUGGACGAAAAUAAAUUUGUCUGUAAAGACGAUUAUUUAAGCAGCACGAACGGAAAAGACACCAGUCUCCUUUCAGUGUCUAAGACUUCUCCGGUCCCCAUGUCUAAUUCUGAGGUUUUUAUUUCGACUCCUGGUCUCCGACGGCCCUUCUUUCCCCAUUCAGUUACAGCGUGCAGUGAUCCUAGUUUAUCGCCAGAUUCUCAAGACCAGCUACAGGACGAUGUCAAGGACGGGGAAAUCGCAAACUUAUCAGACAAAGAAACGGGUAACAAUGAAAACGAUGACCAGAAUCUCGGAGGGAAACGAAGAGGACCGCGUACCACUAUCAAAGCAAAGCAAUUGGAGACUUUGAAAGCGGCAUUCGCGGCGACCCCCAAACCAACGAGACACAUCAGGGAGCAGUUGGCGCAGGAGACGGGGCUUAACAUGCGAGUUAUUCAGGUAUGGUUUCAGAACCGGCGGUCCAAAGAGAGGCGCAUGAAGCAGCUGAGCGCACUCGGCGCGAGGAGACACGCGUUCUUUCGGAGUCCAAGAAGAAUGCGAACGCUAGUGGACAGACUCGAACCUGGAGAAUUAAUUCCAAACGGCACGUUCUCAUACUAUGGAGAUUAUCAGAGUGAGUAUUAUGGUCCAGGAGGGAAUUACGACUUCUUUCCCCAAGGCCCGCCAUCUUCACAGGCCCAGACUCCUGUAGACCUCCCUUUUGUCCCAUCGUCAGGACCCACUGGAACCCCACUAGGGGGCAUGGACCAUCCUAUCCCUGGCCACCAUCCAUCCAGUGAAGUACAACGCUUUUCAGACAUCAUGUCACACCACCCAGGGGACUCACCUAGUCCAGAGCCAGGGAUACCUGGACCCCUGCACAGUAUGUCCUCAGAUGUCUUUGGACCCAGUCCUUCAUUUACAUCCCUAUCCCUCAAUGGCAGUGGAUACAGCAACCACCUCUCCCACCCUCCAUCAGAAAUGAAUGAGGCCACGGUCUGGUAGCUUCUGUGAACAGACAUUUCAGUACAGAGAAAUUAUGAUAAACAGAGGAGACAGGGUGGUAACAGGGACAAUGGCCACACACAUUCUGGUUAUCAUUUGUGUCUUCAUUUUUUCUUCCUUUUUUUCUGUGUCAUAAAUGUGGUUGGACAGCUCACAGAGAGAGCAGCAGAGGGCAGCAUGGGCAUUGACAUUUACCUUCUUGAACUUGUGUUGAUGUUCAGUUUCCUUCAUACUUAAUUUAUCCCUUUGAAAUAAAGUCAGGACUCAAGAAGAAAAAGAACUGAUACUGUUACUGUUGACCCAGUCUCUGAAUGAACACUGCUAUGAGGCUUAGCACAGCAGCGUCCCUGCAGAAGCUCAGUGCGUGCCACUGGUUAAAUCGUCACUCUAAAAACAGAAAUAGCGACACAUUAACAUUGUUAGCUACUGUCAAAGACUUGCCAGCUUUACAGAGAAACACCCAAGGUGGCUGAUCUAACACUAACCUGCAAUGUUGACUCCAGGAAAAAGCUACACCGUCAGACUAAUUUAUUUAUUUGAAAACUCCUCAGACCUCCUUGCCUUUCAAGGCUCUGCCAUAAUGACACUUAAACAACCUUUUUGACAUUAAAUAUGUUUCUGAAGGCCAGGGAGAAAAAGUUUUUUUUCUCAUUCUGGAUAUAUCCUUUUGUCCCUAAGAAUUUCACCAAAUUUGAAGAAGUUAGCCUUCAAAAGGCAAAUUUUAACAUUUGUACAGAUGGUGAACCCUUUAUUUAAUGGAAGAGAACUUGAAAUGUUAAUAAAUGAAGCCUACCUUCUAAAAUUAUUUUAACAAGGGUCUGAAAGGGACAUAGAGAACAGUCAACUGUUUACGUAAUAUAUUUAAUUCAGGAGUUAAAAGUAUCAACCAUGAUUUAGAACCUCUUGAUCCAGAAAAAAAUGUUCCAAGCAACCAACCAAACUUUUGUAUUGAUUUUAUUUAUAUUGUAUGAUGAAAAAACAAGUUUGCCGGGGUUGUGGUUCACUGUGCUAGUUUGUACAAAAUGUUGUUUACAAAAAAAAAAAAAAGGGGAAAAAAAAAAAAAUACAAGUAGACAGUUGCCAAAUAAAAACAUAGCACAAAUACUGUAAAAGUGCUUUGCACCAUUAACUGCAGAAUGUGUUGAAACAAAGUGUAAGUGUUUAAAAAAAAAAAAAAAAAAAAAAAACAAUAAGAAGUAUUUACUUCUUAUUUUUUUUUUUUUUUAGUCUGCUGAAAUACAUUCAUAAAUUGUAAUAUACUUAGACCUACAAGUUUUAUUUUUGUGUCUUUGAAGGAAAAUCCAAACUAUUGAAAUUGAUGGUCAAUUGUGCAGCAAGCAGCUGCUACUUUCUUUAAAUAUCAAAUUCUCAUGAUAUGUCUUUUAUUGUUCUAAUAAACCUAAGCUUACGUGACCUCCAGUGCAUAUUAGACCAUUCACUGUAUAAAUACAACAUGUUGAACAAAUUUGUGAGUUUUUAAUAAAAUUAGAAAAUAUAACAUUUGGAUGAUAGAUGCUUUUCCUUGGACUAGCUGAGAUUCUUCCCCCUUUGACUUUAAGCAUCUACUUUAACUAUAAGCACAACAGGGGAUUUCCCUUUUCUUGAGAUGCUCUUUUUAGGAUCAGUAGGUUGAGUUCAGAGAAAUAUAGCUUUUGAAAAAUAUUUCUUGUAGAAUGUCUCAGGAUGAACUUGACAUGGUGGAGAACUGCAGACAAUGUUCACAAGGCUGUCUACCAUGCAUAAAAUACUCUUGUGAAGAUGGAUAAAGCAUAUGACAAUAUUCACAAAGUAUUGUUUACUCAGUUAAAAAAAAAUUUAAAAUGCUCCUCUGUGGAGAGUCAUGUUCUUUGAUUAUUGUUACCUUUCACUUUUUCCACUUCAAGAUAUGCUGUGAAUGGCAUAUGUGUUUGACAUCUCCCUGCUGAUGAGAGUAAAAUUUGCCUUCAGUGCAAACAAGGUCUAAGGGCACAUUAUCACAAGCUAGCUAAAGAUGAGAACAUUUACUGCCAUUGAAAUGGUUGAUAUUCUUUUCCAUUUUCUUUUCUGUUUUUUUUUUUGUUUGUUUGUUUGUUUUUUUUCAACUUUAAUCUAAGAAAAGCCUUCAAAACAAAACAAAAAUAGCAUUUUCAUAAUUUCAGUGAAAACUGUGUUGCUUGGGCCUAAUAAUUUGUUGCCCUUGAGAAUUUCUAGAUGGUGCAUCAAUUUUAGAACAGUAAUAUUCUGUUUAUAGCCACAAUAAUUUAAACUUAAAUUUGAUUUGAUGCGUCAGACCUGAUUUGUUUUGUUUUUUAUUACACACCUACAAUGCAUGUAUGGUAUCUGAUUUAGUAUAUGUAUUCCAAAUUCAGAAAGGGUUGAUUUUUUGAACAUAUUCAAUAUCUACUGAGAGCCCGAUAACAGAAAACAUUAACUUUUAAUGGGAAGUCCUUUCACAGCACAUCAGAAGGAUGCAGCAAAGGAUGUUGUGUGCAUGACAAAUAAAAAUAAAUAAAUAAAUAAAUAAAAAAAUCUUAAAAGGCAUGCAGCAUCAGACAUGCAGAGCAACACCCCAGCAUCUGAGACAAUAUAUGGGGAAAUGAGUUCAGAAAGAGACAAACUUAUCACUGAACUCAUCUCAUAUCUCAAUUCAUAGAGGCGGGAACAAACAAAUCAGUCAGAUGAGAUUCAGAGAUUUAACUCUCUGUGGGGGGCAAGGGAGAGGGGAAUCCUUUAUAGGUACAGAGGCAAGGAAGACGGGCAUCAAAUCGAGCCUGCUAUCGGGAGGAAAAGCCGUUAUCUCAUUGCAGUGUGUGGUUUUAGAGUGAAGGAGCCCAGUGGUGCCCCUGAUGCAUCCAGCACAUAAUCCACUAUGAAUUAAUCAUGGUCCUGAGAGUUAAACAGGCCUGUGGACUCUUCUGAGCCACGGGCUUAACCACACCGCUGACUUCAUGCUCUGUCACCCGGGAGGCCAAAGCUCUUUAAAUUCAAAUCUCAUAUUGAUUGAACAUUGACUAUUGGUUCGUUCAGCCUGACCUUGUCGACACAUUAAAUAUAAAUGUUUUGAGUGUUUUUAAAUUUCAUUUUUAAAUCUUGAGAGCAGGAUUUGAAAACAGACCUGCAUCCUUCCAAUGUCAAGGCUUUUUUUGCUGGUGGUCAGCUGAAGGUGAUGGGUAGUAUGUAACUUUACACACAAAAGAUGUGUAUUGUGUGCAUAGUUUAUAAACAGAGGGAUUUCUCCCCAAUGUUUUUAUUGAUUCCGAACCUUUUCAACAUAUACCUUAAUAAAUACUGUCGUGUAUAAUGCUGAUUUAAAUACUAGGAACGUUUAAAAGAAGAACAAUCUAUUGCACUCAUUUAUUGCAUAUUUACUGUCAAUGACUAUAAUACACCUGCCAUUGUUGUUUUUAUUAUAAACAUAGGUGUACAAUGAACAUCUUUGUUCAUAAUCAUUAUAGCAAAGAAGUCUGAAGAAACAACAGAAACAUAAUACAUUUUAUAUGAAGUAUAUCAUAUACAAAGUGAACUUCCAUUCGUAGUUAAGAUCUCAACUGCACUCUCAGUACAGUCAAAUCAUGGAGUCAAUACAUUUCCAAUAUGAUGAAGUUCUGAUUACCUUGAUAUUUUUAUGAUUCCAUUAAUGAUUUUGAUUAUCUUACACGUUUGUCAUUCUAUGAACAACAUUAAUAGUAAAGGCAUAUAAACAAAUAUUUAAUGUUUGCAAAAGAUUCAUUAUGGUUACCCACUCUGAGGUGAUCUUGAAUCAUUCUGCUUUGCAUCAGAGUGAGAGUGAGAGAGAGAGAGAGAGAGAGAGAGAGGACAGAUCAGUUGAGAAAUAUAAUAACUCUAAAAUUCUUUUUAACUCGGCCCUAAUAUAGACUUCUAAAUCUGUUCAAUUUAAGCAAUGAUGUAAUGCAAAAAUGGAUUAAUAUACUAGAAGAAAACAAAGAAAGAAUUUAGAAAUCAUGUAGAUGUCACUUUACGAAUCAACUAUAAAUAGUAACAAAAAUUAGUAAACCUUGCAAAAUGUGUCUUAGAUUAUACAGUAAUAGAUAAUAAUCAGAUUACAAUGAUUUUACCUGAAAAACAAUACAUUUCCUGUAGUGUGACAAAUGAUAUUUGCUUAGCUAUGAUUGGCCUGUUAAGUUCAUUGUAGGUAAUAAAUUGUUGUUUUCUAUUUACAGUACCCUAUAAAAAAUGUUCCCCCUAUUUUAAUGGAGAAAGUUUGUACAUUAAAAAUAAAAAGCUAAACAAACAUGGGACUGUCACUUAUAUAUACUGUCACUUAUAUAGUAUAACUGGUGGGGCC